UCGACGUGAGCGGACGUUUUGAGCGCGAGUGCCGUGCCGCAGAUAACGAAACGAGAUCGCAGUGCUAUCAGUAAAAAAAUCGAAACGAAUCAAAUACAUUAUUAUUUCACAGUUAAACGACAAAUACAACAACAACAACAGCAAUAGCAAAAUCCCACUCCACGUUCAAAACAAAACAAAAUCACAACAAGUUGAUAAGUGCCAAAAGAAAAAUCAAUAAAUAUCGCAUACAAUGCAGCGCCCCAAAAAGUGCUCAGAACUGUGCUGAACAACAACAAACAAACAAACAAAAUACAAAAAGAAAAUUAGAAAAACAAGCAUCAAAUCUAUAUAUAAAUCAAUAUAUUUAAUAACUAAUAUUAUCUAUGUGUAAUCGAAUCGAAAAUGGCAGCCGAACAAAACCCUAAAAUGGCAGCUAAAGCCGACAAAGAAGCUACAAAUAAAUGGAUUAAGCCACAGCAGACACAAGCAACGACAGUGCUAACCGUUCUGCUACUGCUUUUGGCCACAUUUAGUCAGCUGCCAACUGUGGUUAGCAGUAGCAGCAGUCUCCUGGAUGCCGCCAGUCUCCACGACAAGGAUCCUUUGCGGGAGACCAGCAUGAACAUGAUCCAACGUAACUACAUGGUGAUGCACUCGGCCAGUGGCUCUGGGGAUCACAGUCGUUCCCUGAAACGCGCCAAUUUGGCCAACUCCAGUAUCACCUGCAACGAUGGCACUCAUGCCGGUUUCUAUCUGAGGAAACAGCCCAGCUCCAAGAAAUGGAUCGUCUUUCUUGAAGGCGGCUGGCAUUGCUUCGAUGUGAGGUCUUGCCGUGCUAGGUGGAUGCGUUUGCGGCAUCUAAUGACCUCCUCACAGUGGCCAGAGACGAGAGAUGUUGGUGGCAUCUUAUCGCCGCACCCCGAAGAGAAUCCCUACUGGCACAAUGCUAACCACGUGCUGAUCCCCUAUUGCAGUAGUGAUUCGUGGUCGGGCACGCGAACGGAGCCGGAUACCAGUGAUCGGGAGAAUAGCUGGCGUUUCAUGGGAGCUCUAAUCCUACGUCAGGUGAUCGCUGAACUGAUACCCGUUGGCCUAGGUCGUGUGCCAGGUGGAGAACUGCUUCUCGUUGGCUCCUCAGCUGGUGGACUUGGUGUUAUGCUGAACUUGGAUCGCAUACGGGAUUUCCUCGUCAACGAAAAGAAACUGCAGGUCACAGUGAGAGGAGUUAGUGAUUCUGGUUGGUUUCUUGACAGAGAACCCUAUACGCCGGCGGCAGUGGCCUCCAGUGAGGCAGUCCGUCAGGGCUGGAAACUGUGGCAGGGCUUGUUGCCCGAAGAGUGCACCAAAGCUCAUCCCACAGAGCCCUGGAGGUGUUACUUCGGCUACAGGCUCUAUCCCACAUUGAAAACUCCCCUUUUUGUCUUCCAAUGGCUUUUCGAUGAAGCCCAAAUGCGAGCCGAUAAUGUUGGAGCACCCGUUACCCCCCAGCAAUGGAACUAUAUCCACGAGAUGGGUGGCGCUCUCCGAUCUUCCCUGGACAAUGUAAGCGCUGUGUUUGCCCCCAGUUGCAUAGGUCAUGCGGUAUUAUCGAAACGGGAUUGGGUCAAUAUCAAAAUCGAUGAUAUAUCACUGCCCUCCGCCUUGCGCUGCUGGGAGCAUUCGACGCGUCGCAAGCGGCAUGACAAGCUAAAACGUUCGACGGAGCCAUCGACGGCAGUUUCCCAGUUACCACAUGCCAAUAACCAAAGACAUCAGCGGCACCGUGAGCGGCAGCAGCGCCAGAAACAAAAUCAAGUGGCCCAAACUGGAGGGCAGCAAAGGAAGCACAAUCACCUGAGCAAGGAGGAGCGCGAGGAGCGGAAGCGUUUGCGUCAAGAGCAGCGGCAAAGGCGGAAACAACGACGUCGCCAGCAGCAGCAGCGGCAGCAGCAGCACAAGAAGGCCAAUGGAGGGCAGGAGAAUCGGAAUAAGAAAAACAACAACAAUCCAAAGUCGAAUAACGGCAAUGAUCAGCGAAAACAGCGGCGGCGCCAGCAAUUAACACCGGAACAGCGACAGGAGCAACGCAAGAGACGCCGCAAGGAACAGCAGCAGUUAAAAAUGCAGCAGGAGCAAGCUGGAGCUGGUGUUGUCCCCGAGAUGGGAGUACCCCAGAAAACGCGCUCCUCAAACAACGCCUCGGCGGGCACAAAGUCUAAGAAGCGGCCACGUGUACCACGUGUCCCUGAGAAGUGCGGCCUGCGACUCCUGGAACGUUGCAGUUGGCCGCAGUGCAACCAUUCGUGUCCCACAUUAACGAAUCCCAUGACCGGCGAGGAGAUGCGUUUUCUAGAGCUUCUCACUGCCUUUGGACUGGACAUUGAGGCAGUGGCCGCCGCCUUGGGAGUCGAUAUGCAUACGCUAAAUAACAUGGAACGCACGGAGUUGGUCAACCUGUUGACGCAGCAGGCCAACUAGACUCACCAAAUACCCUGUACAUUUUGGGGAGGGGGGGGAUCCACAGGAAGGGCAAGCAAAGCGUAGGAGAAUGAAGUUAGACCAGAGAUCUAAGCCCUAUCUGUCUUAGUUAACUUCCCAGAAAACUCCUCACGAAACAAUGAACUCUACUCCCACGAUUUGUAAGCCAGCCUUUAGGCGAUCUAAACUCAAACUCUAACCUAUCCAUCCUACUGUAAAUAAUUGGCCUGUAUAUAUAUAUAGUUUGUAGAUGGGGCCGCUCUGUAAAUAUUGCAUAACACCACCACACACCCCCGCACACAUCAACACACAUUAAGGGAGGAAAACUCCAAUUCCUAGAACACACCAAGAAAAAAGAAAAGACAUGCGCAUAGUACCCAGUAAUUAAGCAGAAUUUAUUUAUAAUCGUAUUCGGAUACACACAUUCGCACAUUCGCACUUAACACACCGACUAUAUAGUUUUCAUUCGCAUUCUGCAUCCAGCAAAUAUAAUCAAAGAUAUGAAAUGAAAUCUGCUUAACGAGAAACUAAACACAAAUGCAACCACAAGACUGUUUUUUAUGUUUUUUUUUACAUAUAUAAAUUUAUAUAAUAUGUAUAUUAUAUUAUAUUUUGAUAUAUUGAUAUAUAUAGCAUAUAGAUUAGUUGAGAUAAAUAUGCUUAAUGAACGUAAAUGUUAAUGUAAUUUAUUUGAUAAUUUAUGGCCCGUUUAGGUUUGUAAUUUUGUGUAGGAUCUAGACUGUUUCAAAUGCCCCACGCAAAUGGUUUUUUAUUUUAUUUUUUAAAAUAUAUAUUAUUAUUAUUUUUUUUUUGUAUACAUUGUUUUUGAACCUACCUCAGAUCAGUAAGAAUGAAAUUGAUUAAACAGCUGCCUUCACAUAUCAUUGCGUACCUGUGCAACGAAAAUCAAAUACUUAAUACUUAACUUAAUACCGCCCGCAUUCCGUUAAAGAAAAAUCAUAAUUAAAAUAAUUAAUAAAACAGCACAAAAAAUAGAAAAGGAAAAACAAAGAAAAAGAAAAAGAGAAACAGAAGCGAAGUGAACAAAUCGAAUAAUUAUAAAUUUUAGCAAUGUUUGUAAAGAAUUUCUAGAUAACAAAACAAAACAAAAAAAUAAACUAAACUAUUUAAAAGCUAGUAACUUAUAUUAAGCCUGUACAGAACUGGUUGAAGUUUAGCUUUAAGAAUUGUUGUACUUAAACUUAGUGAUAAUCAUAAACGUAAUGCAAUUUGCAAGCUUAUUAACUUUUGUUAGCGUUUUUUUUUCAAAUCAACUGGUUAUCAUUUUCAAAAGAUGAAAUCAACCAAUAUUUGAGAAAAGGGAAACCAACCAACCAAUCAAAUAAACCAGCAAAAUAAUAAU